UUAUGUAGCAUGAUAAUCCGACACAUCUGGUUGCUGCCCAUCUUUGCAGCAAGUUUAGCAGUAAUUGGCAUGUUCUGUGGCUAUAUCAUUGGAACCUCUGUGAAUCACUUCCAUCCUAUCCUGCCUUUCAUAAGCGAUGGUGGCGGCAAGGUUCCAGAGGCUGCAGUAUUUUCUCAAAUUUUGAACUUUGCUGGUUUCCUGUAUAUUAUCACCAUCUACAUACUCUACCGGGAGACUUUUGAUUACUACCGGAAAUGCCUGAAUUGGAAUAAAACAAUUUGGUGGUACGCUACAAUUGCCCUGUCGAUUUUAGGACUUUUAAGCGCUUUUGGAUUGACUAUGGUCGCAAAUUUUCGAUCUACCGAAAUUAAAGUCGUACAUAAGAUUGCUGCACUAUUAUGCUUCUCUUCCAUGGUCAUUUAUGGAUGGGGACAUAUUAUCUUUGGAUAUGCGGUAGUGCCACGAUUGGUACCCCUUGUAAUGUUGCAUUUGCGUCUUCUCAUUAUGUGUUUCACAACAUGCUGUCUUAUACUCUAUUUUCUGGCAGUAUUUACUCCGACAUUUUACCCAAAUGACGCUGGACCCUUCCCAGGAAUCCACAGGUAUUCGCGCUCAAGAGACUCACCGACUUAUCGAACAUUCAUCAUAGCAAGCAGUAGCGAGUGGGGCAUGGUGCUAGCAAUUCAGGUGUUUGUCAUGUCGUUAGCUAUGGAGCUGCGUAAUUGUUAUGGAUAUGCCUCACGAAUAAUAUUUGAGCACGAUGAAGCCGAAAAAAAGAAAAUGGAACUCUAUAGUUGAUGUUGAAGAUACAAGUGCAAUUAUAUUUGCGACGUUACGCAAUUCUAUCUCAAUACAUGUCUUUUUAAAAAGUUUCCAUUUGCUUAUGAAUUGUCAUUUAUAUUGUCGUACUUUUGAAAUAUGUUUCAAUACCUAAUGCUAUUCCUCUCAAUCGCUUAAUAACACUUUUU